AUGGUCAAGUACAACAUCUUCGCUCUCGCCGGCAUGGCCGUGGCCCUCCCCUUGAACAUUAACCUUGGCGCCUAUUCCCCAGCCUUGGUAGUUGGUGAUGGUGAAAUUAGCUUCGGAGGUGGCCAAGACGUGUCAAACUUGAUCAACGCUCUCGAGGGUGCCGCCGUCAACGCUGCCAGUGGUGCCGCUACAAACGGCGCCGCUGCUGCCCCGGCUGCUGCUGCUUCUCCCGCCGCCGAGUCUCCCGCCGCCGCCGUUGGAGGCGCCGAGGCUCCUACUACCGCCAACGCGGCGGCCCCAGAUGCCGCCCUCCAGGAACAGGCACAGCAAAUCGCCGCACUCCAAGGCAUGGGCAAGGAGAUUGCUCCCCGUGUAGAGGUUGUCGAGACACCUAGCGUUGCCAAGCGAGAUCUCGCCGGCUUCGACCGAGCCCUUCAGUUCGCCGAGGUUGCCCUCGGAAAGGGCCCGAAGGUCCAGCUUGGUACUGGCGAGGGCGGUUCAGGCGUCGGUAUCAUCGUCGACAACAACCAGGAGGCUGCUGCUCGUGCUGGUACCGGCGUUGCUGAGAAGCGCAAGCGCGACCUGGACUCGUCCUCGCCCAAACUCAAGGUGACCACCAUGUACGUGCGCUCGGGGAUCCCAACUGCUCUCCAGUCCUCCGAAAAUAGCGUCGCUGCUCGAAAUGUAGCUGCCCCCGCAGUUGCUGCCAGCUCUUCGGCCUCGAGGAGGGAUGUCAUUGACGCGGUCAACCUAAACGUCGACGGCAACCAAGGGCUUACGAUGACUUUCGUCGAGACGGUCGAUGACGACGAGGAGUGA